CCAGUCUGAAAGAGACGUUUAGGAAGAAAGCAGCUCACCAACAAAACUAUCAGCGCAGACACACAAACAUGGCGCCUGACUCCGCCGACAACUUCACAUGAAAGUGUGGCGAAGAAGUUCCCCGCAAAGUUUCAAAGGAGUAUUUCGAAGUGCCUUUUUUUCUUCUUUUAACCUGUUUCGUUUUGCACAAAUAGAAAUACGGAAUAUACCAAGCGGGUAAAAGCAGCAAGUUGCCUACAUGUCAACAUCGCCUCGCGCUGCAGUGUAAACAGCUGGUACGUCCAGCCAUGAUCGAGGACAAGGGUCACCGUGUGACCGACUACUUUGUGGUGGCCGGGCUGACGGACAAGUCCACGCCCCUGGAGCAGGACCUGUCAGAGACCAAGUCCAGCGGGCCCAAAGCGCCCAUCACCGACCUGGCCGUCAUUAACAGGUCUGCAGGAGAAGCGGUGCCCGAGGGCUUCACCUGCAUCGACAGCACCUACAGCGGCCAGCCAGCCAACCUCAACCAUGGCAGUCUGAAGAGUCCUGAGCUGUUCCUGUGCUACAAGAGGGGUCGAGGGAAGUCUCCGCUCAUCGACAUCGGCGUGCUAUAUGACGGUAAGGAGCGUCUGAUCCAGGGCUGCGAGGUCAUCCAGGCCACACCCUACGGCCGCUGCGCCAACGUCAACAACAGCUCCGCCACCUCGCAGCGCAUCUUCAUCACCUUACGCAGAGCGCCGCCCGUCCAGCCUCAGAACCUCGCAGUGACGGACAUCUGCGUCAUUGUCACCAGCAAAGGCGAGACGCCACCACAUACCUUCUGCAAGGUGGACAAGAACCUCAACUGUGGCAUGUGGGGCUCCAACGUGUUCCUGUGCUACAAGAAAUCAGUAUCUGUGUCCAAUUCCAUCACUUACAAAGCUGGUCUCAUCUUUCGUUACCCAGAAGAGGACUAUGAGUCGUUUCCUUUGUCAGAAUCUGUCCCUCUGUUUUGUUUGCCGAUGGGCGCCAAGAUCGAGUGUUGGGCACCGAACACACGUGACCCUCUGCCCGUCUUCUCCACGUUUGUCUUAACCAUCUCUUCUGGUGAAAAGGUGUAUGGAUCAGCCAUCCAGUUCUACGAGCCACAUCCGGUGGACCAGCUGAGUGAGAAGCAGAAGAUCCAGCUGGGCUUGCUCACCACGGUGGAGAAGAAGAUGAUCCCCAACCGACCUGUAAACACCAAUAAAUGCAUCUGCCUGCUCUCCCGCUGGCCCUUCUUUGAGUCCUUCCGCAAGUUCCUGAUGUUCCUCUACAAGCUCUCCGUCUCCGGCCCGCACCCGCUGCCUAUUGAGAAGCACAUCUCGCACUUCAUGCACAACGUGUCAUUUCCCUCCCCUCAAAGGCCGAGAAUCUUAGUCCAGCUCUCACCACAUGACACCUUGAUCCUCUCCCAGCCUGUGUGCACACCCCUCCCCCUCAGCGGGGCAGACUACGGCACUCUGCUGAUGAACCUGGGCUCAGAGAACUGCGCCACAGUUCUGCACUUUAUCCUGCUGGAGAGCAAAAUCCUGCUGCACUCGCUGCGUCCCGCCGUGCUCACCGGAGUGGCCGAGGCUGUGGUGGCGAUGAUCUUCCCCUUCCAGUGGCAGUGUCCCUACAUCCCUCUGUGCCCGCUCUCUCUAGCAGGCGUCCUCAACGCUCCGUGUCCAUUUAUAGUGGGCGUGGACUCCCGCUACUUCGACCUUUACGACCCCCCGCCAGAUGUUGUCUGUGUGGAUCUGGACACCAACACCAUCUACCUGUCCGACGAAAAGAGACACAGCAACUGGAAGAACCUCCCGAAGAAGCCAUGCAAGAGUCUGGUGAACUCGCUGAGCAACUUGCACCACCAGCUGGCCACAGUGUCGGUCGGUCAAAGCUCACAGGAUAACUUAGCGGUGGACAUGACUCCCAUCGAGGCGGACUUCACCUGGCACAAGAAGAAGACGGCGCUGGAGAUGGAGAUCCAGGAGGCGUUCCUUCGCUUCAUGGCCUCCAUCCUGAAGGGCUACCGCUCCUACCUCAAACCCAUCACCCAGGCACCCUCCGAAAAGGCCACGUCUGCAGAUUCCCUCUACGACCUGCAAGGGUUUCUCAAAAGCAGAGACCGAGCCCACCAGAAGUUCUACUCUCAGCUCACCAAGACCCAGAUAUUCAUCCGCUUCAUUGAAGAGUGCACAUUUGUCAGUGACAAGGACACGGGCCUGGCCUUCUUUGACGACUGCGUUGAGAAGCUUUUCCCCUCUGAUAAAAUCACAGACAAGGGCACAAAGGUUGAAGGAGAGUCGUCUGAGGACACGAGACUGUUGGAGCUGGACGAGUCUCAGAGGAGCGAGCACACUGUCUUUGUCAUGCCGGCUGAACCUCCGGCUCACGUUGGAACUGAACCUGCUCCCAGAUACAUAUAUAAAAGUUUCCCCAGGCUGCACAUGGAGCUGUUUGACCGUCCGAGGGAGUUGCGGCCUGCAAUCAGCAGCAGAGCAGCCGGGGCCAGUCUGUCCAGCAGCCCUGCACUGCUGGCUAAGAGGACCAAGCAGGAGAUCAAGCUCGCGUACAAGAUGGCGAAGCGGUUCCACUCCAACCCUCCGCUGUGGGCCCGCUGUCUGUUCAGUCACUGCUACAGCAUGUGGUUCAUCUGCCUGCCAGCAGCUGUACGACUUUCCAAGUCUAAGAGCCGCGCCAUGCAGCAGGCGUACAACGUGCUGCUGAAGAUGAGGACCACUGAGGUGGAGGUGCUGGAUGAGGUGUGUUACAGAGUGGUGAUGCAGCUCUGUGGUGUGUGGGUCUUCCCUGUCAUGGCUGUACGAGUCCUGGUUGAGAUGAAGAAAGCUGGAGUACAUCCGAACGCCAUCACAUAUGGAUACUACAACAAGGCAGUCUUAGAGAGCCCAUGGCCGAGCAGAAACCGAAGUGGCCUCUUUAUGUGGACCAAGCUUCGUAAUGUUGUUCGUGGAGUGGCCCAGUUCAAGAAAGCUCUCAACCAGACAUCUUCCAAGAAGGAACCCACACUUAGUCCCACAGCUGCAUCACGCGGUGGGUCAGCAGUCACUGACGCUGACCGUCUGAGUCAUGGAAGUGCUGACAGCUCGAGUGAAGUCAACGGUGAGGAGCACAACCUGUUUGCCCACAGCCACGGCAUGGAAGACACGGCAGAGACACACCGUAGCACAGGAAGGCAGUCUGAUCAAGGCUACGGCUCCAAGGAUGAGCUGCACCAGGAGCUGCACCAGGAGCUGACGGAGCCGUCGCAUACAGCUGUCCUCUCUGCUGAGGACAGAAACAUUUCCAAAACACAGCGUAACGGAGGGGACGUUACCGGCUCGGUGGACAGUGCUGUCACAGUAGCGGAGCCCCCCAGUCCUGUCGAUGUGCCCUCGCCUGUCCCGAGCAUUGUGAAGCUUUGCACAGCGAGCUUAGAUGGCGGCAGAGAAACAGGUCCAGGGAAGCUGUUCAGGAGACACAGCAUGAAAGAUAACGUGUCUCUCCCUGAUGACGAUGCCUCCCUGCCUUCAGGGGAUGUAGCCAACCAGCCUCAGCAGCAGCGGCAGAAAUCCUUUGCUGAACGCAGCUGUAGCUUCAGCGCUGAAACCCGUGCUGGGAUGCUCCUAGAGAAAGGCGUGGACCACAUGGCCAGUCAGAUGGGCGCCGAUGCCCGUAUCCUGGCUGCAGCGCUGUGUGCCGGUCAGAGUCCGCCUCCUCAUACGGUGUCCAAAGCACUUUUCAAAGACCUGGAGGAAGAGCCUGAAGAUGGGGGCUUGACUCUGAUGAAGCUACCAGAGGAAGAGGGGCCAGAAGAAGAGAAGGAAGAUGAUGACGAGGUCGAGGGGACAGAGUCGAAACUGAAGAAACGAGAGAGAAAGCACACUGAGACAAACGAGGAAGACUCCGGGCUGCGAGGGCUGACCCUGGAGAGGGCAGACGUGAAGGUGGGGGCUGACCCGCUUUCCCUCCUGGUGACUGAGACCGAAGAGUCGGCCUCGGUCACCAGCCAGGAGCCUCCGCGCUCCGUGCCUGCUGUGGUGUCCCGCAACCUGGCUGAGGAAAUAGAAAUGUACAUGAGCCUGAGAAGCCCCUUGGGUGUGAAGUCGUCCAGCAUGGAGCUCCAGCAGGCGCAGGGAGACUCCACCGACUCCCCACAGCUCAAACAGUCUCUGGAGCGCAGGUCCAGCCUCCCCGUCCCUCCUGUCAAAACUCCAAUUGGCUCCCCAGGCGAUUCUCCCAAACGCAGCCCCACCACUGUGACUCGCUCCAAGACUUUUGCAGUAAAGACAAAGACCCCUGGCAGCGCAGUUGGUAGUCCUCGAUCUUCCUCGCUGACGGCGCUGGUCAAGUCCUCUCAGGGAGGCUCGUUGGGCUCGGUCAUCAACUCCAUUUCAGGCAUCAAGAUGGACACCCUGUUGUCUGGACCUAAAAUCGAUGGGUUUAAGUUGAGCAUGAAACAGGCGGCAAAUGUGGCCAGCAAGGUGUGGGGGGCCGUCGCUUCAGCGUACUCCUACUCCGAUGACGAGGAUGAACAAGCUCAGGGUGGCGGCGGCUUCCCGUCGCACCUGGAUGAACACAUGCUGGCUGCACAUGAUGUAGACGAGAGUCCUGAGAGGGGCGCCAUCCCGGGGCUGGUGGCCAACGGCCUCAACCAGAGCUGCACCAGCCUGGGCAGCAGCAGCGGCAGCAGUGACACGGGCCGAGGGACACACCAGACACAUCAAACUCCAGGACGAGCGUGCAGGGGUCCAGACUCCGAGCAAGGCUCCUCACAUCACGCUUCCUCCUCCAGCAUUUACCAGAACUGUGCACUGGAGGUGCUGAUGUCCAGCUGCUCCCAGUGCCGCUCCUGUGAAGCCCUCGUGUACGACGAGGAGAUAAUGGCAGGCUGGACGGCUGAUGACUCCAACCUGAAUACCAACUGUCCUUUCUGUUGCACAGCCUUCCUUCCCUUACUGCACGUCGAGUUUCAUGACUUACGCACAAUGACCGGGUUCUACAUGAAUCCCAGUGCCUCCGGAGACAGCAUCCACAGCAGCAGUACGCAGCCCACAGCCAGCAGCUCUGCUGAUAUUAAGACACCAGAGCUCAUCCCUUUCCCAGAAGAGGAACCUCGGGAGACUCCAGAGAAACUGCCUGGAACACAUAAGAGUCUGGUUCCUGAGCCGGUGCAGUCGGACCCCUUGGGUCUCCUGGAGCACCAGGCAGUGGGGAAGCAGCGCAGAAGCAGUGGGACGUCCCUGACGCGCAGCAACAGUGUUGGCGGCCCGCUACAGAGCCUGGAUUACUCUCAGAGACCUGGACAUGGCGUCUCCACCACCAGCCUGCCCUGCAGCCUGCAAGAGGUGUCGGAUGGCAUGGGGACUAAGCGGCCGAACCCCAAGCCCGUGUCCGUCCCGUACCUGAGCCCCUUGGUGCUGCGCAAGGAGCUGGAGACCCUGUUGGAGAACGAGGGAGAUCAGGUGAUCUACACACACAAGUUCCUCAGCCAGCACCCCAUCAUCUUCUGGAACCUGGUUUGGUAUUUCCGCCGCCUGGACCUGCCCACUCACCUACCUGGUCUCAUCCUGACCUCUGAGCACUGCAACAAAGGAGUACAGCUGCCCCUGACGUCACUGUCCCAGGACUCUAAGCAGGUAUACGUCCAGCUCCUGUGGGACAACAUCAACCUGCACCAGGAUCAUGGAGAGCCCCUCUACCUGCUCUGGAGGACCUUGUUGGAGAAGAAGGGGACGUUGGCUCCGACAGACCACCAGGAGAUUCGUACCCUCCUCAACACGAUUGUUCGCAACAUCCAGACCAACGACGUCUACGGGCCGAUCAACCUGCUGAUCCGAGAGAUCAAGCGGCGCCCAGAGGGAUUCAAGCGGCAGAGGAGCAUCUACAGAGAAAUACUGUUCCUCUCUCUGGUGGCCUUGGGGAAGGAGAACAUCGACGUAGAGGCCUUCGACAGGGAGUACCGCCUGGCUUAUGACGAACUGAGUGAAGAGCAGCUCAAGUCUUUGCACCGCAUUGAUCAACCGCCCAUUCCCAGCGUCCAGUGGUGCCUUAAAUGCUUUGGCCACCCCGUCAUCUGACCACAAACACCUGCGGCAAAGAGAAAACAUCUGACUGGUUGUUGGACGGCAGGAGAGAAGGAUCGGUGGCGGGCGUGAGCAAAAAAUGAUUUUGGAUUUAAACACCUCCAAGCGCCCAAACGCGAUAUUUCUUCUUCUCCCCGUUGUCUUGGAAGACGCCCAUCGUCUGCUUUUCUUCUUCUAACCUUUAUGAUGCUUUUUCAUAGACUUUCCAAGCACCUGCUUACAGAUGUGACUGUUUCUACUUGUGGGACUAGUUGUUUCUUUACAGAGGGUGUAUAGAAUGAUUAAUCACUGUACAGUGCGUGUGUGUGUGUGUGUGUGUGUGUGUGUGUGUGUGUGCGUGUGUAAUCCUGCAGUCACUUCCAUGUCUUGUAGCCUUUUGCUCACUUUGUUUAAAUCUGUCCCAACUGUCCCCAGAUUAGUCUGAGUUCUUUGAGACUGUACAUACCCCGACUGUUCGUCUGUGCACUUUCUGAAAAGGAAAAAACAACAGUAAUCGAGUCCACCUCUCUUUUUGUACAUAUAUAUAUAUUUUUUUUUUGGAGGCAACAAGUCUCGGUGCCUUGAUUUAUUGUGUGAUCAGAGUCUUAAUGAAUGUUUAGGUUUGUUUCAUUGUAAAUGUACAAGCUCUCUGUCGGUGUAAAUAUGCAUUGGAAGCACACAUGUAAAUGAGGACUGAGGACAAUCACUAAAAUUCUGCAACAUUCCAGAUGCCCUGCAAUCAAAACAGGUCUUAAAGAAGUACUAUUGAUCUCUGCAACAACACUCUACCGUGUGUGAUUGAAAGCAGCCGAUUGGAGGAAGAGAUUAUAAAACAAAUCAAUGGGCAGUGAAAAGGCAUGCCACACCACUGAUUGCCACACUUCAAAGAAGACGCAUGUUCUCUUGCAGGGAUAGACUGCUCGGUGCCUCAUUGACGGAGCAAGUCCAACUUUUGCUUUUAAUUUCUGCAUUUUUAAAGCGUAACAUACUUUACUUGUACAGCUAAUACGCUUUAUUGCAAUGUUAAAUUGGAGCUAUAACUCAUGUACUGGGGCUAUUCCUUACUCUAGCAUAGAACAACCCAGUAUUUGUUUUUAAAUUGGGUAUACUAUUUGCGUUAAAGAUUGCUUUUAUGGUUUACACACAGUAGCUUAGAGCGUCAUUAUACUGCAAAGAGCUCCUUCAGUACUGCUGUGUUAAGAAAUAAAUGGGUUAAAAUAUGACAUUCCACUAAAUGCUGAAACAUACAGAAGAAAGCAAAGUGCUCUGAUGAGCUGUUGGGAGAUGGGUGUAGAUGGUCCUAUUGUAGACUAGUGAGAGUGACUUGUACAGAAGCGAUUAAUAUUUGCACUGCUUUAGAUUAAAACCUGAUUUUAACCCAGGGUGAGGACGACAUGACACCACCUCAAAAAAUUCACAACAAAGCAGUUUUUCCUCCAAAACAAAAAGAAAUGCUCAAUUAUUUAUUUUUGUAUCAUUGACAUUUACAUUGCAGACAGUGUAGCUUCAUAUUUUUAUGACUAAUAAUCCCCCUUUCCCCUUUUAAUCUUUCUUAAGGGACCCCUGUACUGACUUUGUAAAUUUGACCUCCUAAUGGCAGAGGAUGUACAGAAGAGACUGUUCUCUAACAAUAGACUAAGUGAUCUCUUACCGUCCUGUGGAAAGGAAUUGAAUGUCUACACUUAAAUGCGCUGCAAUAAAUGAGUUUGUGAACUGAUUGAAAACAAAA